AUGUCAGACACUGCCGAACCCGACAUUGCGCUCCCCACCGCCCCAUCGGCCGACGCUCCAAAGAAAACCUACGACGCAUCAUGCCACUGCGGCGCUUUCAGAUACUCUGUGGCUGCUUCACCUCCACUUGAUGACCCAAAUGCGGUUGUAAUGGAGUGUAACUGUAGCAUCUGUGUAUGCAACGGCUAUCUGUUCAUUUACGUGCCUAACGAACUCGUUGUUUUCACCGAGGGCAGCAUUGAACAGUUCAAAUCUUACUCGUUCGGCUUUAAGAGGAUGAAUCAUUACUUCUGCGGCACUUGCGGCGUAUCCUGUAUGGUCCGCUCCAAAGGCCCUGAUUUCUUUCCUGGGAUGACUUGCGUCAAUGUGCGCAUGUUGCAAGGUGUGGAGCUUGAGGACUUGAAGCGCAAGCCUGGUGAUGGGAAGAACUAUUGA